AUGGCCUCCUCCUCCUCUUCCUCCUCUUUCACGGGAGGCAGUACCACCAUCACCGGUUGCCCUUCUACUUCUUUUCCACAGCCUCCACAGAUGGAUGUUCUUGAGCAGCCACAAGGAGCGGACCACGGCGCGCGUUUGAGCCCGCUGUCGUCGGCGACGACAGGAACUCCCUCACCCACCUCUGGAUCUUCCCCUUGUCCCUCUCACGACUCUCCUACCGACCACUCGGAUGGCGCAAAGAAACACGACCCCGCUCUUGCUGGUGCAAAAAGUUCGCAGCGACCGGGCGCGCGGUCGUUGUGGGACGCGGCUUGGGAAGCGAGUUCCGGGAGCUCUGAUUACGUGACCAGCGAAGACGAAGAAGAGGUGGUCACGGAUGCAGCUUCCAGUGACGACGAGGUUUUGGCGGAAAAAUUGAAGCCAGAAAAAAUCAUGGAGGCCGAAGAAGGUCGGGGACACGAGGAGGAGACCGUGGACCACGCGGAAGUACUAGACGAGCAGGACGACAUUCUUGCCGACGAGAUGAAGAACGAGGAAAAUAUCCACAUGCAGGAGGGUCAUGCACCAGCACCAGACGAUGAAUCGGAAGAGGGGGCGGACGCGGAUAGACCAAUGACGCUCGCGGAGGAGGAGGAGUGGUUCAUGUGGGCCUGUUAUCAAGACCUGGACAAGCCGGAAAAUCACGUAACCGCGAGGUCGGCAGGUGCAGACGGGAAGGAGAUGAGUCGCGCAGAGGAACUACCGGAAGACGCGGAUGAGGAGUUUGGUGGGGACGACCCGCUUGGUUAUGAUUCGGAUAGUGACGAGACCUCCACCUGCUCUUCCUCGGACGGAGGAACCCGGCCGCGUCUCGGUCGAGAUUUCGACUUUUUCGGAGAAAGCAUCACGACUCAGGUCACGAACCAAUGCGAGCAGAAAGGUCAGGACCAGCCGGAAGUAGAAGGGGGAAAGCAGCAAGGACGGGACAGUUCUUCAUCCGCCGAGGAUGUCGCCAACCGCAGCGCAUCAGCAGGUGCUUCCGAUGAAAACGGUGAUUAUCGCGGCGAUGAAAAAACAACUGUCUCAAAAACACAAUCGUCGCCAGAACCGGGAAAGGAACAAACCUCAUCGGUUGCAGGAGCUUCCGAGACAGUACUUCCGGGUCGUCCGCAAAUGUACAAGCCACGCAGGACCGCGGAAGGAUUUUCCACGUUGCUCCGGCAAUAUCCAAUUCCGAAAUUUUCACUGGCAGUAGCGAAGGAAGAUCUACUAUACACGAACGACCAGGGCGUUUACUCGAAAGGCAACACGACUAAAUCUAAAUCACCAGAGCGGACAACGAAAAGACGAAGGACAAGUUCGAGAGGUAGGAACUCCUCGCGAAGUAGGCGUACUUAUUCUAAAAAUCGGGCCUCGAAGAGCCGGUCCGCGUCCUCGGCGUCAAGUUCGGGUUCCACGGGAUCAGGGUCUGCGGAGGUCAAGGCAGAUCAAACGUCGUCAUCGCGGAGCCGGAGGAGCUUUUACCGUCCGUAGAAUGUCGGAGCAGGGAAGGUGUGGGCUAGUAAAGACAGGGCCUGGACGAGGGGGAGUCGUUAUCCAUUUAGCAGCUUUUUGCAACAAAAGCAAAUACAAAGAGCACUUCAAACAACUACAAGAUAGACUAGCACAAAUACAAAGAGCACUUUAAAAUCGUAGAAGAGAAUAAACCCGAGCCGUGUUCUCGUCUACAAGACCUUUUUUGCGUUUUUUGCAGCGACCUGUCAGUCAGCGGUGCUCGUCACGGUGAUUGAAUUUUCCUCCGAAUAUAUGCAGCGAGGAGACGUAAACUACAAUAUGUGGCGACAUAGUACACCGUACUUUCAAAUAUGCGGGAAUCAAAAUCGAACAACACUGAAGUUCAGCUCGACGUAAACUCAACUUCAUAUCACAUCAGAGCUGCUGCUCCUCCGAUAUAGUGUGUCCCGAAAAUCAGUGGAAAUGAAAUCCAAAUCUUUGGACGUGAACAAGAGUGCGGGAAGCGGGUUUGUGGAACUUUCAGGCGGUUCACUUGCGAUUGACGCGUAGGCUAGCC